AUGCUAAGACCACGCAAUCUCCACGUCACAUCAGUUGUUCCAUUGGCUCGUCGCAGUGGUUUGAUCGAAUGGUGCGAAGGCACAAUCCCAUUGGGUGACUGGUUAGCCAAUGAAAACACAGGAGCUCAUCAGAGAUAUCAUCCAACAGACUUAUCGCCCAAUCAGGCGAAGCUUAAACUAGCCGGUGCUCGAGAUAAACCGCCUGAACGCCGGAUGGCUAUAUUCUCGGAAAUAUGUUCAAAAAUACGAUGGCAAAGUGUUAAUCUGGAUGUCAUCGAUAUCACGCUCCAGAUUGCACCAAGACCUCAUUUUAAGUUCAUUGGAAGUAAACGAUCAGGAAUGUGGUGGAAGAUAUGA